AUGGCCUCCCUGACGGGCGCUCGCUCACAUCGCCGCAUUGCUGCUUUCAAUUUCUUGUCAAAUAUACCACUAGAUGUCAAUACCAAGGAGUCAAAAUUUAGUUUUCUUCAGAUAGCUGCUAACUCUAAUAAGAAUGUCAAACUGUCACGUACGGAUUCACCAGAUUCAGUGCCAGAAGAGAGCGAACCUCUCGGUGAGGUUGACCCAGAUUCUGAACACAGUGUACAUAAUGUACAUGAUAGUGUAGUGCAUAAGAGUGUACUUGGAGAGAACCAGGGACAGGUUGACAGUGCCAAUACAAAUCGGACUCCAAGGCCCACGUCUGUGGACGUGGGGCAAUUAAAACAUAGGGGUGCUGUUGUGAGGCAAACGUCUGAACAUGUGAUAGGAAAUACUCGGGCAUGUUUGUCAGAUUCGGAGCCUGGAAGUGGAAGAGAUGAUGUGCAUGAAAUCGAAGACGAUUUCAAUCUGGAUUUGCAGCCAUCCAUCCAACCCGUACAACCAAGUGGGGAAGUUUUUACUGAUGAUGAUAACAUUUACAGGCAUGGGUCAGUCAGUGGAGAACGUGAUAGAUUUUUAAAGCACAAGACGAAGAAACUGCAGUCUUCAUUUUCGGCAGAAAAUGCUGGCAUUUUCCCAACUGAUUUUGCUGAACGCAAGCGUCACAGAUCUAGUUCGGUGUCCACUGAUUCUGGUGAUUCUGUACCUUCCCGCCAACAUUCAGGUGUAUAUAAAGAGUUAAAGAUCCUGAGUGUGAAAUCUGAAAAACGCAUAAAAUGUGGCAGAAUGGUUGUAUUGUCAAGAGAAAAGGCCCCACUGGUCGUUUAUUCAAUAUUGCCAUCAACAAAACAUAAAAAGCAGUUGAGUAACAUUGUUGCGGCAGAUGCAACACUUCCUGGAGCGCGCCGGGUAUCUGGUAUAACGAGGCCGAUAUCAUCAAGCCAUGAAGGCAUGCUCUCAUUUGGCUUGGAUGCCAUGGAAUAUAUUGAGGAUGGACAGGACAUUUCCUACAGUCAGUUCCUAGUACCAUCACGUCAUAAACAACACCAUCGUCGCACUGCUACCCACGAUGGAGUAUCCGCUAAUAGCAGCUCAGAGAACAAUGCACUCGCUGCAGGCUUACCAGUGCAGCUAUUUCGCAGUGUCUCGUACGAUCCGAAUUUGGCACACAAAACAGGCCUCCAAACACCACACAAAACAGGCCUCCAAACUCCUCCUAUUCUGAUCAAAGACAAAGGUUUUGACUAUGAUAUGACAUCGGAGCUUGUGUACGACCCCAACAUGCUGGAUGACCCAGAGCUUAGCUCAGGAAAGCACAGGACGCUGCUUACGUUUACUUCAUACAUGACCUCAAUCAUCGACUACUGCAAGCCAUCUGACCUGAAGCAGGAGCUCAAUGAGAAGUUCAAAGAGAGGUUUCCUCACAUCAGCCUCACGUUGAGUAAACUGCGCAGCUUAAAACGGGAUUUGAAGAAAGUAGGACAUGUCAAGUGUUCAAUUGACCUGUGGACAGUCGCCCAGUCAUACACGACCUUCGAAAAGCUGAUUUUAAAGGGGUUGAUAAACAAGCAGAACAGAAAACUAUGUGCGGGUGCCAGCUUGUUGUUGAGUGCCAAACUGAAUGAUAUCAAGAAGAGCGAUUUAACAAAACUCAUCGAUGAAAUCGAAGACUCAUUCAAAGUUCAAAGAAAAGAACUGCUCGCAUUCGAGGUUGCCAUUCUCAUCGCAUUGGAAUUCACCCUACACAUCCCGGACUACGAGGUCUACCCGCACUACCAGAGACUCAUGUAUACAUCUUGAUACAACGCCAGGGUGGACAGGGAAAGAUAGCCACCCAAACCACUGCCAGUUGAACCAAGUCACUCAGCUCCGGGCCAGACGUGGAUCAAGGCAUCUUGGCAAUGUUUUCGAGCAGAAUCCAGCCUUCUUACACAGACAUUAUUAACCUGUUCUUGAAGAGCCAGUCACUUGUAGACUUUGACAAAUUGAGGGAAAAGUUUUCAAAACUGUUCAAAGAAUACUACAUAUUUAGAGAAUUAGGUAUAACAUUCUCAUUGCUUAUUUUGCUGUGCAAGACCAACCUGGUCCCAUCUUUGUCAUCCAUUACCUGCUGGAAAGCAGACGCCAAAAAUGUCAGGAUGAUUUGAACAGACGGGGAUCUCUAAAUGAUGUCUAUCAGGCGUCACGCAUAGCACAACAUUUUCUUCUCUCACACCCUUUAUAUCAAGAUUUCUCAAUUAUCAUACAUUCAUAUCAUUACCAUACUAUUGGACUUGAACUUCGUUCGACAUUGUUAUUUGCAUAAUUACAGGAGUUAUCGUAAGUGCUAUAUCAAGAGUUGAAAUUGUGUCUACUUUGUACCUUGAACCGGUACACGAUCAGUGUAAAUGUAUCUAUCAUAGCCAUUCAAGGUUUUUGUUUUGUGUUCCGAGUAGUUCUCAGAAACCUUAUUUCUCAAUAUCAUAUCAUGGGAAAGCAUAGUUAAAUGAUGGCAGCCUCUGCUCUCUGAUGAAGUAAGGGCUCAAGUAAGUCGGUCAUCCCUUCAAUCAAUAUGGGAUAUGAUUAUGAUAAAGGUAGACUGCUAAAAUGAUAGUUAAUUGCGAUGUUUUUUUAUUGUGUCAUAAUAAGUGUAUACUUGUUUCGUCUGACUUUCAGAUUUUGUAUGUAUGUAUAACUAUGUACAGCUUUUGUACUGCUUUCAUGUGACAAUUGGGCAUUGAUGAUGUAAUUAGCUAUCAUGUUGUGCAUUUAUGGCUUUUGUAAUGUUCUCCAGCAGAUCUCAGUGGUACAUUUUUAACCACCCCUCAAACAAGGUAUUUCCAUCGCUGCUAAGUACGAUCAUCACAGCAGCAUCUGUGUUGCAUAGUGAUCCAAAAAAUGGACAACAGCUAACAAACAAGCGAUACUUAAUGCACUCUCCUUGGAUUGGUUAAACAAAAAACUUAGAAUGUGGUAUUGUAUUUUCAUGUCAGCAAGAUUUAAUAAAGACAAGUCUUUAUUUUGGCUUGAUAUCAGCAGUACCACAUUUUUGUUGAGGAAGGGUUUCAAAAUGUCAUUUCUGAAUUGGGGAUCAUAGUUCUUGAGCCAUCAAAAUAGUUACUUAAUAAUUGAGUUGAUGGUUGUUUUGGUUUAAUUACCAGGUAAUUUGAUAUGGUGUAUUUGUUUCCAUGGUAGCAUGAUACCGUAAACCACCAUAUAUUCGUGUCUCUUUAUUUUUGCGAUUUGCAAAAAUUUCUAAACAUUAAAAAUCUUCACAAUUUUUAUCAAAUUUUAGCAGACUGCAAAAUUUCUUGGGAGUUUUCAAUUAAAACUUUUUUUGCAAUUUUCAUUUCCAAGAAGUGAUAUUAUUUGUGAAAUCAGCAAAAAUGAAAUGCCUGCGAAAAUUUGACAGUUUACAACCGUCCAGUAGUGUGUAGGCGCCGUGCUAUCAAGGUGUUGUACGUAAGUUAGUAAGAUUUGAAAAGAAUUGAGUAUACAAUUUAGAAGUGCCUGUUAGCUGCAUACCAGUACAUGUACAUUAGUUCAGGGUUAAUCUGUGGCUCUUAGGUACUUUGACAGUUUUGUGGAAUUGAAAUACAUAUAAACAUGUACAAAGUGUCCUGUGAGUCCAUCUGUGUAAAGGUGUUUUUAUUGAAAUUUAACUUUUUGAAACCUGUGAUAUAUCUAGUCACUUCAUAUUAAAAGCAACUACUUAAUGAUAACAAAUAGGAUUAAAGGAGUGGCCUUGCAUGCGUUUCUAUGUCGAUGACAGUUCUGAGAAACGCUGUAAAUCAUUAGUCCCAGCAUGGCGUUAUCUGGAUGGACUCCGCGAUUAAACUCUAGAAGCAGAAAGAUUAUAUAGUGUAUGUAUGAUGACAUCCAGGUGUAUAUCACUGGGCAGACUUCGGUUGAAGGGAUAGGCAACUUGAGGAUUGAAAGGGGUGAAUUAAAUCUGAUAGAUGCAUAUUGGCAAGCAAAGAUUAAUCUGUGGAGAUGUGAAUAUAUUGUAAAUAUCUUGUAAAUUGUCAAGUCUGUGAUGAAAAUAAAUCGUUCGGCAA